AUGAAGGUCCCAAUUCUCGUGAUCGCCCUAAUUUCGGGGACCUUGGCUUCCGAGAUGCUUGGAAAUCGGAUAGCAGAUUUACUCUUCAAUUGCCCUGAUCUGGCCCACUACAUGCCUGAGGGUGUGAAACGUGCCGAGGUUUUUGCAAUCUGGAACUACUCACGCCCGCAUCUUCUGAAUUACACAUUCGACUUCGAACAAAAACAAUGGAAUGCAUCAGAGUGAGUUUUUUUUUGCUUUUGAAAUUCGACUGAUUUCGGAAUUUUGAGCUGAAUACAAAAUUUUUUUUUGUGAUUUCAGACCUGUUCGUUUGUAUCCAGACGACGGCAAGCUUUACUCGGCAUUCUUCUCCGAAAACUUUGACCGGAUUGCAGUUACGUACAAUGGCCCCGGUGGGUGAGUAUUAACCAAAAGUUGUUUUUUACUCUAAGUUCGACGCUCACAUUUCGGUGGAACUUGUCAAAACUUAAGUUUUUUUUGAAGUCGCAGUAAUCUUUUCAGCAAAAUUUUUUACUUCUGGCGAGACGCGCCCGAACAAAGUUUUGAGAUGCCCGGAUUUAACCAAAUAUAUAAACCAGUCUUUAUGAUCGGAGACGCGGUGUAUUAUUGGAAAUAUGCUUAUGCAUUCAACAAUUCCUUGGAGCAUCGGUUUUUACGAAGCCGGGGCAAACCCGGCGAAUUCGAAAAGAUUUAUGAACGACGAACGAACCUGGACGUAACUGAUUCCUGCCUCUACAUGCGCGAUGUGGAUAUUAUGUAUUAUAUACCCUACACGGGGGUGUGUAUGCAGCUUUUUAAAAUUUUUUCCAAUGUAAGGAAAUGUGAAAAAAUUCGAUUGUACGACAAGAUUUUGUUUUAGUUAGGUGUAAAAAAAAUAUUUUUUCAUUUUUUCAGGCAAUGUACGACCAGCCAUGCAACAAAUCAAUUGGAAUUUUUGUCAGAGCCAAACCCGGCGUUAUUUAUCCGCUUGUAAGUUGUUUCACCUUUUUUUGGGAAUUCUAACAAUGUUUUAGUCGAUGUUCGGAUUUCAUGGAAUAAACUGCGACCCGUUAAUUCAUGUAAUACGUGCCGAUGAAAUGGCGUAUAUCCGUUUUGAAGUCCAGCCGCCUACGGUAGGUGGAAAUUAUUUUCAUUUUCGAUGCACGGUGCAAAGCAAAGUUUGUUCUCAGCCGCAGAGUGCGAAACUUUAUUUAGACAACAACGACGAGCACGACCACUACGACCACCACAACUACCACUACCACGGUAUAGUUUUCUUGCGAAUUUUUCAUUUACUCUGCGACACAGUGCAGAAAAAAGUUUCGGUUCAAAUGACGCUGUAAGUUUUAUCUUAUCUUCAGACCACCACGACUACCACCACUACCACGACUACUCCGGUGAGUUUAUGGGCAUAAACAAAAUUUUGUUUUCUCUUUGUGACUGCACUGUGCGAUGGGAAAGGCUUUUCCCUGUUCUGCGAUUGGCAGAGUGCACAGUGCACAAAGAAAUGAAUUGCACCGUGCCAUCGAAAUUUUUGCGCACACUGCGGCUUUUGCGAGCCUUUGGGUUGUGGCGCCGCCCGAUUGUGACGCAGAAAUUUUCAGACUACAACAACAACAACAACCACUACCACCACCACCACCACCACCACCACCACAACCACAACCACUCCAACUACCACCACCACCAUCACCACCACUCCAACUACCACCACCACAACCACCACUACCACCACCACCACCACCACUACCACCACCACCACAACCACUCCAACUACCACCACCGCCACCACCCCCACCACAACCACUCCAACAACUAGUUUGACCAAGUCUACCAGUACAUCAUCCACUACAGUGCCGUCUACUCUAUCCCCAACCACAAUUGAUCCCAAUAUCAAGUCAAGUACAGAUAAUAUGUCUUACGUCAUCACAAAGUUGCCUGCACAGUACGUUAUUUUAGAGCUGGCCAAUGGUUUUAAAGCCCUUCGAAACGUAAAUAUCUUUUAUUUUUAGCUCUGAAAAGUUAGUUAUGCCAGCUGACUACUCAACUAUCUACGUUUUCACUGGCUCGUUCCUUGGCUUGCUACUCCUUCUCUGCCUUUGUUCCAUUGUAAUUGCGCUGCUCUACAGAAGAAGAAAGGAUAAGGUAAAGAAGUUGUUUAGGUUCCAUAAAUGUACCGGGUUUUUAGAAAGAAAAGACAAAUGAGAGAAAGUUGAAGGCCUCGAAUAAGCGUCGUCGUAGGUCGACGAGAAAAUGGACCAAGACGAGUGGUACUGAUGUGGAGACAAAGACGGAUCCUCACUCUUCAAUGGGAAACACGAAGUCGUCCAAGGUAAGGGAGGAAAUUGAAAAAAAAUUGUGACUGCACUGUGCAAUGGGUAAUCAAUUUUUGCACAGAGCCAGAUUUUUUUUUAUUUUUACAAAAAAUAUGGAAAAGAAUUAACGGCGCAACGACAUUUCGGGUCAGGGACAACUCGGGUCAACGACAACUCGGGUCAACGACAUUUCGGGUCAACGACACCUCGGGUCAACGACAUUUCGGGUCAACGAUACCGUUUAACAUUUUCGCUUCGGGACUUGGAAAAAAGAAUUUUUUGGUGAAUUUAAAAAAUUUUUCAAAUGUUUUCGCUUCGGGACUUGGAAAAAAGAAUUUUUUGGUGAAUUUAAAAAAAUUUUCAAAUGUUUUCGCUUCGGGGCUUGGAAAAAAAGGAUUUUUUGUGAAAUUUGAAUAAAAUUUGAAAUGUAUGAAAACUGGGUUUCUGUUACCUUAUAGGAUUCUUUUUGAAAAUUUUUCGACUUAUAGCACUUUUAGACGUUAAUGGUGUUGUUUUGGUGCUUAGUACUGCUUAAAAAACACAUUUUUAACACUUGGUACUAAAUAGUACUACCUGGUACUAUUUAGUACGAGGUGCAAAUUUGGCCGUAAGGCGGUAAUGGCGUUGGUUUGGUGCUUAGUAGAACCCAAAAACACGUUUUAACACUUGGUACUAUAUAGUACCAACUGGUACUGUUUUGCGAGAAGUGAAAAUUUGGUCAUGAGGCAGUAAUGGUGAUGGGUUGGUGCAAAAACACGUGGUACUAUAUAGUACCAGGUGGUACCAUUGGUUUUAGACAAAAUUUUAGUGCUGCCGGCACCACAGUUAAUAUUCAGUCAGACACCCUUUUUUCUACUUCCGAUGCGAAAACAUUUCAAAAUUUUGUUGAAUUUUCCAAAAAAUCUUUUUUUCCCAGUCCCGAAGCGAAAACACCAAAUUUUUUUCAAAUUUCACAAAAAAUCCUUUUUUUCCAAGUCCCAAAGCGAAAACAUUUCAAAAAUUUCUCAAAUUCACCAAAAAAUUCUUUUUUCCCAGUCCCGAAGCGAAAAUAUUAAACGGUAUCGUUGACCCGAAAUGUCGUUGACCCGAAGUGUCGUUGACCCGAGUUGUCGUUGACCCGAGUUGUCGUUGACCCGAGUUGUCCCUGACCCGAAAUGUCGGGACGCGAAAUUAACAACUUUUUUUUCAGAAAUCCAAGAAAGGAAAGAAUCGAAAGCAGAGAACUGAGUCUGUCGAUCGUUCUGUUCUGACCAAUAAAAACUCAUCGCUUAUGUUCAAGACCACCGGCGGAACCCAAGAGUUUCUCUAG